AUUGAACGAGUCUCUCAUGUGGCAGUCCGUGACGUUCAUAAGUUUCUCCCGUUAUCUCUCGGCGUUCAAAGCAGGUCUUUCUGGGUCACUAGUGGAUAAUCCUUGGAGCAACCACCAAGCAACUACUCGUACACUCGGGCUUUUUUGGAGCCUUUUCAACACCACGGAAAAGAUCAAGGGCCGGCUUAUAUGAAAGGACAUCGACAGGAAUAUCCACGGUCGAACGUCGGAUAGGCUUAAAGGAAAAAUAUUGGCAGAACUCAGCCAUUGAUAUUCUCCAAAAACGUCCGCUAGAUGUAUUCAACGAAAAAGGUGUGCUGCACAGCAUAUGACACUACUCUCUUUCGUUCGAAGACUCCGAACAUCUACCCUCUCUAUGUAGUCAUGCCAAGGAUUCACGGCACCCGCACUUUGACAUGGUCUCGUCGUAUCGUCGUCGGCUACACUCAGAAAUUUCCAAGGAAUAGUCCUGAGCAUUAUAAAAGGACAUCGUUUCCGCUGCUAGCCACCAGUCCUCAAUUUCGAACAAUGUUUCCAAAGCUCUCUCUGCUUUCGCUGGCUCUCCUCGCCGUCUGCGUCUCUGGCCAGCAAGUCGGCACACAGACAGCCGAGACUCACCCCAAACUCACCUGGCAAAAGUGCAGUGCUGGUGGAUCCUGCACGACCCAACAGGGUUCCGUUGUCCUCGACUCAAACUGGCGUUGGCUUCACUCCACCAAAGACACCACGAACUGUUACACCGGCAACACAUGGGACACCACUCUCUGCCCUGAUGGCAGCACCUGUGCUAAGAACUGUGCCCUCGACGGUGCGGAUUAUAGCGGCACAUACGGUAUCACCACUUCCGGGAACUCCCUCUCCUUGAAGUUCAUCACCAAAGGACCUUUCUCUACCAACAUCGGGUCCCGUGUGUACCUCAUGGAUCCCACCGACUCCAAGUAUCAGAUGUUCGACAUGCGUAACCAGGAAUUCACAUUCGACGUCGACAUGUCCAAGCUUCCUUGCGGUCUCAACGGCGCCUUGUACUUCGUUUCCAUGGACGCUGAUGGCGGCGCCAGUAAAUCUACCAACAACAAGGCCGGUGCCAAGUACGGUACUGGCUAUUGCGAUACUCAAUGCCCUCACGACAUCAAGUUCAUUGACGGCGAGGCAAACGUCGAUGGUUGGGAAUCUUCCCCCGAUGACCAGAACGCUGGUGCGGGCAAAUACGGAGCUUGCUGCCACGAGAUGGAUGUCUGGGAAGCCAACAGCAUUUCCUCUGCCUACACUCCUCACGUUUGCCGUGGGACCUCUGGGGGUCAGACCAAGUGCUCUGAUACUGACUGUGGUGACGGUCCCGACCGGUACGACGGUCUGUGUGACAAGGAUGGAUGCGACUUCAACUCCUUCCGUAUGGGCGACACUAGCUUCCUCGGUCCUGGCAAAACUGUCGACACCAACCAGAAGAUCACCGUCGUUACCCAAUUCCUUACUGAAAACAACUCCACUAGUGGAACUCUCAGCGAGAUCCGUCGCGUUUACGUCCAGAACGGGAAGGUUAUUCAGAACUCGAAAACCGCCGUUGCCGGCAUGAGUACUUACGACUCAGUUACCGACCAGUUCUGCGAGGACCAGAAGACAGCCUUUGGUGACAUCAACUCAUUUGCGGACAGGGGUGGAUUGGCGGGCAUGGGACAGGCUUUCGCAAAGGGAAUGGCUUUGGUUAUGAGUUUGUGGGACGACCAUGACGUCGGCAUGUUGUGGUUGGACUCCAACUACCCGCUCGACAAGGACCCAUCUACUCCUGGUGUUGCUCGAGGUACUUGCGACGCUACAUCUGGCGAACCCGAAACUGUCGAGUCGCAGCACGGAGAUGCCACCGUAGUUUUCUCCAACGUCAAAGUUGGACCCAUCGGUUCGACCUUUGGCCACUAAAUGCGAAAAAGUUGCAGAUAGAAAAUCGAAUCGUAGAAUUUUAGUUGAUAUAUAAAGCUUGUACAGGCUAUUGUCUAUUGUAUAUACUCAAACAUGC